CCUCCGGGCAUGGGGCAUCCACCGCUUCUCUGGGCAGCCUGUGCCAGGGCCUCGCCACCCUCACUACAAAGUUCCUUCCUAACGUCUAACCUAAACCCAGUCGUUCUAAGUCAUUGCCCUUUGUCUGUCACCACACACCCCUGUGAAAAGUCUGCUUCUGCCCUCUUGUAUCACCCACAUAGGUACUAUCUCGUAGUGAAGACAUCUAGAAAGAGAGAGACUUCCACCUCUGUGCUGUCUGCAUCUCACUAUUCCCCUUCCUUCUAGGGUCUUUGGAAACAGAGCAAUAAUGCGUCAUUUUGUGAUACAUCUUUGCAACCAUAAUACAUAGAUACUUUCCUCAAUGGCUUAUGAAUACAGGGGCAGUAAAAAGUUUCCUGCUUUGUUUCUGAUUCAGCAGACCUGACAACUUUUGUAUUGUGCUGUCUGACACAAGCUGUGGUGGAGGAACUUCACUACAGCAUGCUUUUAAAGAAUACUGUCUGAAAAUGUAGCUGGCCUUUUAUUUAAACUAAAGACUAGGGAAGAUAAGUCCCCUGUAAGUGCUGGGAGAAUUUGAUGUUUUCAGUUUCAGUUUUGGCUCACAAAUGUGGGUAAUUAAACUUACACUCCUCUUCAAAAUUUUCAAAAUCACCAUUUCUUAUGUGGAAGAAUAACUAAAAUAAGUAAAAUGGGAUAAUGCUCUAUAUCAGUGAAGAAUCCUCUAGGUAAAAUUUCUGUGAUGUAACAAUCUAGUGAUGACCCUUUGAACACUAGGAGAAUCGUAAGAAUCUGGAAAUUAUUUCUGUGUGCUUCAUCUCUUUCUGUCAUUUGUUUCCUCAGUGACUUCAGACAAAUAAUUUUCUGUUUGUGUCUCUGUUUCCUCAUGCUUAUGCAGAAAUGCUUUUAACUCUGCAGAACUGAAGUAUUUCAGUGAAAGGAUUGUGUAAUGGCCCAGGACACUACAGUGCCCAAACUGAACUUUGAAUAUUGGUUGGAUAAAGCUGUUGAAUGGGGUCAAGCCACUACAUUAAAAUCCCAGAAAGAUGUGUGCCUUCACUUGCCCCAGCUGCAGGAGUUUCUACAUCAACUUUAUGAAACUUUAAAAGAUGUGCAGGGUUCAGUUGCAGCAAUCCAGCAGUUCCCUUUAAUUGGACAGCUUUUAGGAAGGCUCUGUUGGAAUCCUUUUGUUAUAGGAUAUGAUGAAAGCCAGAAGGCUCUGAUGUGGUGCUUGUGUUGUCUGUACAGCAGCGAGCCACAGAACCCUGUGGAGGUGAAGGCCAACAGCUGGAUCCAUAGUUUGCUGUGCCAUCUCCUUUCUUCUUCUGAGUGGGAAAGUAAUGAAGCUGAAACCAAUCUGUUCAUAUCAACUCUAGGCUACACGUCAGCAGAUUAUUAUGGUCACUUAGUUAAAAAUAUGAUCUUUUCAUUAGUAACAGAACUCAGAGAAAAUCCUUUCAAUGGACUUAAUAUUCAGAGGAGUGUUCCAGCCAGUCGUGUGAAUGCUGUGUCCAUUUGCUGUGUCCCUCUCAUUACUCUGCCUGACCUGACUCCCUUGCUGGAAACUCUUCUUCUUUACCAUGGAGGUUCACCAAAAGAAAUUCUCUGUCCAGAGUUUCUGGAGGCUGUGAAUGAGGCCUUUUUAAAGAAGAAGAUCUCCCUUCCUGACUCAGCUGUCUGCAGCCUCUGGCUUCGGCACUCACUAAGCCUGGAAAAAGCGACCUUACAUCUUUUAGACCAGUUGGUUUCCAUUCAGCUGAACUCACUGGAAGAAGUGGCUUGUGUCAUAAAAGACUCAUUACUGCCACAAGCAGCGAGCCAUCCUGCCAUUUUCAGAGUUGUAAAUGAAAUUUUCAAGAAUGCACUGCUGGAAACUGAUGGAGCUUCAGAAGUUAUGACCAUAAUACAGGUGUUUACACAGCUCUUCCUUGAGGCUCGUCAGAAUCAAAAUGAGCAGCAUAAAUUCCCAUUGAAGGCGUACUUCCCUUGCCAUCACCAGCCUCUGGUAAGAGCUUUACUCAGACGUCCCUCUGAACUCCCAACUACAUCUUGGUCUCAACACUUGAAAAACAUUUCAGAUAUGCUCAAAGCAUUAGUAGAAGAUACAAACGUUAGUUCUCUCACUGACCUUUUUGAAACCUGGUAUUUGGUUACUUGUUUUGGAGAAUGGCUGGAUAUUGCAGCAGAACAAUUGCUGAAGGCUGCUGUACAACCAGAUGCUUUGCUGUGGCUGCUGGCAUUUUUCUACUGUCCUCAGAAUGAAAAUCAGCAAAGGACUCAGGCCAUGGUAGAAGUUCAAGCAGUCUACAAUCAUCUAAUGAUGCUCUUCAGCUGUACAGACCUUUCUCUCAGAGAUCUGGAGGCUGCUGUGCACAGGAUAAUGGGGACAGAGCAGUGCUGGAACCAGCAUCUCAUGACACAUCUUCUGACCAACUUUUUGCUCUUUUCAUCUGGUGGACAUUUGGUUGCCCAGGAAUGUAUUUACCAUAUUACUGAGACAACUGAUACAAGCAAGGAAGUUUAUAGCCUUCUUCUCCGUACUGCAUACAGAUUUAAACAUCAUGGAGAAGGAAACCAGAAGACUGUCAAGCUGCUGAAUGAACUUCUUCAAAAAUUUACAUUGAAAGUUUAGAUUUUUAAUAUCAUCUAUUUAUCAAGCCAACAAA